AUGGACACACUACCCGGCGCACCAUCAUCGGCAAGCGAGCCACACCCUGUCGACCGCGUUGACCCAGCCAACUCAAUGGCACAACCUCCCUUUACGCAUGUCGAAGCAGCACCAUCAAUACCCGCCACAACAGCAUUAUCGUCGCCAUCAGAUAUUGACAACGACUUCACUCCCGCUCCCAUGAUCCGGAAACAGUCGGAAGCACUGGGUCCGGCUACUGAUGGAACCAUUGCGCCACCGGCAACCAGCGAGCCUGUUCUCAGUAUCACACUUCUACUUACGACAGGCGCCAGACACCCCUACAAGAUUGACGAGAAGUACCUCACGUCUCGCAAUGCCACUGCGAAGAAGGCAGAUGGCUCUUUCGACCCCAUGCAGCUUAGCGGUUACAAGUUGAAAGAGCUUAUAUGGACCGACUGGCGAACGGAAUGGGAGCCGAAACCUGCAAGCCCUAGCAGUAUUAGGCUUAUCAUAUGGGGUAAGAUGGUCGAUGACAAGAAGAUGCUGAGUGACUACGCUUUCAAACUCGACCAGACCAAUAUUGUUCACAUGACUGUCAAACCCGCCGACUUUGGUGAAGAUGAGGAGGGCACGGCCAAGCACGCAAAAGGCGGGAGCAUCCGCAGAGGCAGAGAUACUGGAGAAGGCGGUGUGGGCUGUCGUUGCGUGAUCCUUUGA